AUGUCACUGAAUCACUACUCUCAAAUAGAAGAAACAAAGGUAAUUUUCAAUAGUUUGCUAUCAUUAUUACCAGAGGAAUUUGUCACGAAAAAUGCUUCAAGAAUCAAGUUUGAAAAUGGUUCCGACAAUUUGAUUGUUCCUUGUCCAUUAAAACAAACUGAAACAAUUUCAGCAUUGAAAGGUCUUGAAGCAUUAGUUGCUUUGAAAUUGGCGCAAGAAAGAUUUGGGUCUAGCGAUGGAACAUGCACAAUUGAUUUAGAACAUGCUUUACUAUUCCUAUUUUCGACUUAUUGUUCUUCUGUUGACGGGUUUUUCAAAACAGAUAAAAAAGAGGUGUUGAAAUAUUUAAAACCAACUGAUUUAAACCAAGCUCAAUCUGAUCCAUAUCGAAGAAUGUCAGCCAAUUUGUAUCGCACUAAGGAAAAAGAUAGAUUUUAUCACAUUCAUGGUUCCUUGGAUGCAACAACAUGUCUUGAAAUGAUUGGAUUACCUGCUUUUAUUCCAGAUUUAGAAGAUUAUGAUAAAAUCAUUGAUAUUUACCAGAAUAAAUUGGAUCAAUUUACAGUUGAGGAAUUAGAGAAACUAAACACAAAAAACAAACAAGCUGGGGUUGAAGCUUUAAAACCUGAAGUAUUUUUGCAAACUAAACAUGGUGCAACAAUCAGUAAAAUCCCCCCAUUUGAAGUCAAAACACUCGAAACGACUACUCCAAAAAUUGAAUUUGCAAGGACAUCUUCCAGAAAAAUUUUUGAAGGAGUCAAAGUACUUGAACUUUGUCGUAUUAUUGCAGGGCCAACCAUUGGUAAAAUAUUAGCCGAGUACGGUGCAACUGUUAUUAAAGUGACAUCUGAUGAUACUUUACCUGAUGUCCCGUUUUUCCAAGUUGAUGCUAAUAUGGGCAAACACACAACUAAUUUAAACUUGAAAAACCCAAAGGAUAGAUUAGAAUUUGAAAAAUUAUUGAAAGACGCCGAUGUUGUCAUUGAUGGAUACAGAAAGGGAGCCAUUGACAAAUUGGGUUACGGGCCAAAUCAAUUGAUUCAAUUGGGAAUUGAACGAGGUAAAGGAUACAUUUAUGGAGCUGAAAAUUGUUUUGGAUUUGUUGGUGAAUGGAGUGAUCGACCUGGUUGGCAACAAAUCGCUGAUUGUGCAAGUGGUGUGGCAUGGGUACAAGGAUUAUCAAUGGGAAAAAACGAACCAAUGGUUCCUCCUUUCCCAAUGAGUGACUAUGGCACCGGAUGUUUGGGUGCAAUUGCUAUUAUGUUGGGCAUUUACAAACGACACAAACACGGAGGUAGCUAUUUUUGCGCUUCAUCAUUGGUGCAAUAUGAUUUAUUGUUGUUAAAACAAGGCCAAUAUCCAGAAGAAUUAUGGAAGUCACAAAUCAUCUUGAAUGACAAAUACAAAGGGUUUACAAAGAUUAGGUAUUAUGAUUCUGUCGAUAAAAUAUCAAAAACGGCUUUAGAUGCGAUGGUUGCACAAAAGCCAAAUUUACUCAACAAUGAGCAAUACUUUGUUAAGCAGGAAUCAAAAGGAUUUGGCGCAACAAUAUCUACCCUUAAACCCGUUUGUCAAUUCGACAAAAUUGAAACUGGUUACAGAUGUUCAAGUAGACCUAAUGGCUACGAUGACCCUGAGUGGUGGUAG